AUGUCACAGAAGAGAGGAGCCACCAUCUACGACUUUUUCAAAACGACAAAGAAAGCAAAAAAUGUUCAAACACCAGAAUUACCGAUAAGCCAUGUCAGGAAGACUGACUCCACGUCAUCUGAACUCAGAGUACCGAACGAAGCAAAUACCCCCUCGCCUCAUUCAAAAGAGCCAAAGGAGGCAAACGGUCGUUCGUUACAACUGGAAAAUUCAGCAGUCGACGUCAAUGAAUCCAGUCCAGUUUCCCCCCAAAUGACAAUUCCACAAAAAAUGACCCAAUUAGAUUAUGAUGCGUAUUGUGCUCGAUAUGACUUUGACAAGCAAAGCUGGAUUCGCGGCUUGAACCAAGAGGAGCGUGAUUUAUUGAGAACUGAAAUCAAUUAUUUGCACAUUAGUUGGUUGGUGUUUUUACACAAAGAGUUAACGAAGCCGUACUUUUUGAAUUUGAAGAGAUUCUUAAAGCAACAAGGCGAUCUUCAGAAGACAGUGUUCCCCCCCGAGAAUCAGAUCUAUAGCUGGUCUCAUUUGACUCCCCUUCCAUCCGUGAAAUGUUUGAUUUUGGGCCAGGAUCCAUACCAUAACCAUAACCAGGCACAUGGUCUUGCUUUCUCUGUCCUAGAACCAACCAAGCCGCCCCCUUCUCUCAAAAACAUUUACAAGACAAUAGCGAUUGACUAUCCUAAUUUUGAGGAUCCCACGAAGUCCGGGAGCAAGUCUACAGGUGGGGGUAAUUUGAGCAAAUGGGCCGAGCGAGGGGUUCUCAUGCUAAAUGCAUGUCUCACCGUGGAGGCUCAUAAAGCUAAUUCUCAUGCCAAACAUGGGUGGGAACAAUUUACAGAACAGGUUAUCAAAUCAGCUGUCGACUAUCACAAAAACGAUGGUUUCGUUAUAAUGGCUUGGGGUCUGCCAGCUCAGCAGAGAGUCUCUAAACUUAAUCAAGACUUGCUGAAGUUCUUUGUAUUGAAGACAGUGCAUCCCUCGCCUUUAUCGGCUUCUCGUGGAUUUUUCAGCUCUCAAGUCUUCCUUCGGUGUAAUCGGUGGCUCGAGGAACACGGCAAACCAAAAAUAGAUUGGGGAAUUGUUGAAAACAAUAUUGUAAUGUAG